AGUUAAGCCUAACUUUAACCACACUGCUAAAUUUAUGCCUGACCCUAACCUUAAAUCAAGACCAAGAAAUAAAAACAAUUUAGCCAAUUUUGACUGUGGCUGUGGAAUCUGACGGACGUCUAAUAAAAACUGUGGAAACCGGUGGGUGGGGGUUGUCAAACUUGGAUUACCGUACUUCAUGACUAUGCCUUGCCCAGUUUCCCGGCUCGCUUCAACUCAGUUACUGUAACUUUAGCUAGCGACUCACCUAAGUUCGAGGAGCUGGGAUGGCGGAGAAGAGCCCUGACUCCAGCGGCUCAGUUGACCAGUGUCCCGCCCUGUCUCCGGAACAGAGAAUGCAGUCACCUGGGAUCGGGGCUUCCAAAUGGGUCCGUCUGAAUGUCGGUGGGACAUACUUUCUCACAACGAGGCAAACGUUGUGCCGAGACUCAAAAUCGUUCCUGUACCGUCUUUGCCAGGCCGACCCCGACCUCGACUCUGACAAGGAUGAAACGGGUGCCUAUUUGAUAGACCGGGACCCAACAUACUUUGGUCCAGUGCUCAACUACCUGAGGCAUGGGAAACUGGUGCUCAAUAGAGGCCUUGCCGAGGAAGGUGUACUGGAAGAGGCUGAAUUCUACAAUAUCCCUUCUUUGAUCAAGCUAAUUAAAGACAAAAUCAGGGAGAAGGCCUGCAAAACAGUUCAGCUCCCUAUAAAACAUGUCUACAGAGUCUUGCAGUGCCAAGAAGAGGAGCUAACACAAAUGGUUUCCACCAUGUCAGAUGGUUGGAAGUUUGAGCAGUUGGUCAGUAUUGGCUCCUCAUAUAACUAUGGAAACGAAGACCAGGCAGAGUUCCUGUGUGUUGUCUCUAAGGAGCUACAUAACCAAUCAUACGGCACAAGCAGUGAACCAAGUGAAAAGGCCAAGAUUCUUCAAGAACAAGGCUCUCGAAUGUGAAGAGACUGUUCAGUUCUUAGGAUUGCGUCCUGCUAUGAUGUCCAGAUAUAAAGACUCAAACUACAUCACAUUCUGAGGAGCAUUAUGGCAUGCAGGAGAAGCUGGCUAACUGCAGUCUACACAUUGUGUACACAAUUUUCUUUCAGAUCUCAAAUCAAAAUGUGCAAUCGAUAGCGUUACUCUGUUUUUGGGCCUACAUAGUAAAACUGGACUGUAGAUUUUCACACAGAGAAGGGACUGAUCACUAUUGUCCACAGCAUUUAUACUUGGUCCAUCAUUUACUCAGGGUCUCUAAUAGUGUUUUGGAAGAUGCAUUAGGUGUGCACUGUCUGGUGGGACAUUGUUUCAAACAUUUGUGCGUACUACAUUAUGCCAGUCCUUCGCAUACAAAAAUCAAACCUCUGAAAAAUAAAUUGGAAAGCAGGUUUUAAAAGUUAGAUAUUUAAGACUAUUUAUAUGGAGUUGUAUAGAUUCAUACUGUCUUGUUAGAGGUGAAGACUGUAUUGACAGUUUUUUAUUUAUUUUUUACAUGUCUUUAAACAGAGAUUAUUUAUGUCCCUUUCCAAAUAUCCUUUCAACCUGCACAUUAUCAGUUUUUUGGAAGGAGGACAUUCUUAGAACUAUUUCUACCAGGGUUAUUGUUUGAUAAUGAGGUUGAGGUGAUGUUAGGGAAUGCCAGAUGUUAAAGGACUAAAACUUGUCUUCCAUCCCCGGACUCUGGUGGGUUUUAGUUGGGUUACCUGUUAGGCAGCCACUGUGGAACUGGAACACAUUGUUAUAUUUUAGUACAUUAAACCUAGAGCCAUUUGAUAGGCACAUUUUUUUCCACAUUGACAUAUGACAGUGACUUAUCGGCUGGUGUCGUGAAGGGCCUGUUUUCCAUUUUACGUGAGAAAGAAAAAUGUUUGUCUCUUGCAUGAAUUAGUGCAUAUCUGCUUAUUUGUGUGUGCAUACACAAUCUUUACGCUUCUGCGGUUUGACUAUAUUGACCUUUGACAGGGCUGUAUACCAAGCAAAAUUACACCAAACUGUGGCAGUUUGCAAUCAUGCAAGUUCUGAGCAAAAAUGCUUUGGUCAUGUAUUGAUGAAAAGAUUGGAAAUUAUAAUGCGCAGUCAUUACCAUUGUUCAACUUGUAGAUGGUUGAGCUACCUAUUGAAUACGUUAACAUUGUCAGUACAUGAAAACAUUUCUUUUUUGAAAAUGUUGCCAUUGUUCAAUGACCAAAUCGAUGUCUGAAUUUCAACUUGAAUCUGAAUUUAUUUUGUCAGCGAUAAGGAAAUUUGGUAGUCUACAUGCAUAUCUAUGAGGAUUUGUACAUAGGUAGUAUAAUAAUAUUCAGAUGUAUUAUCAGUGUAUGUUUUUUUUCUUCCUAACACACACACAGGGCUUUAACUAGUGGAAUACAAGCUAUAAUUUCUGUAAAGGUCAACUGGAUCCCUCCUGUUGCCUGAUCAAGGUAAAGUUUACAUGUCUAGUGUUUUAUAAUCCGGAUCUUACUUACCUUGCCAUUGUGACACAAUGCUCUAAUUUGGCAUGUUUAAACAUCUGUAUAUUACUAUGUUUACAUAGCAACUACCUGGGUAUCUGGGAUGUCAGCCAUUUAUCUAGUACGCAGACGUAUAGUUUUCCAACAUUUUCCUUGGACAGGUUUUUUCUUGUUCACUGACUUGUCUUGUGGUGAUAAGUGCCUCUUGCCUCUGGGGCUUCACAGUGCAUGUGAAAUCUGUGUAGUAGUGAUGCCCAUAACCACAAGAGCUCACUGUUUGUGUCCACCCUGCAGUGACAGUGAAGACGUGUCUAGUGUGGUGUCCUUUGACUGCAGAUUCUUAAACACAGAAGGGGGUGUCAGCCAUUGCAUGCAUGGCCUGAUUCACCUUCCACCAUGCCCUCAGCUUUACAGGACACCACUCCACUGUGACACUUCAGCUCCUGUUUGACCGUUAUUUUCUAUAAUGCUUAUCAAGACACAUUUGAUCCCUCUUUGAGGCCGCUGUGGGUUUCUAAUGGGACAUUGUUCCAGUUUUCCGUUAAAUGUAUUUUUUAAAUGAACAGAUGCAGACAAUUGUUAUUUUCUCACUGCUGUUCCUAUAUAGUAGUAUCAAAUGUUUUGUAUUUUUUUAUGCUUACUGUAUAUACAUACUAUAUAUGUAAUCGCAUGUUUUGACUGGGGAUGAUGGAAAUUAUGGUGAUGCUAGACAUGGUGGAUUUAAUCAAUAAAUGGUAAUGAAUUCAA